GCAGCCUGCACAGAGAGCCGCCGCUGCACACCGGCCCGGGGACGACAUGUACAUCCUGCCAGUGACGGGGGAUGCGGGAGCAGCAUGAAUCCCCAUGGCAGCCAUGACCCCGGGGCGGCCGGCAGUGACUUCCCGUGCUGCAGGAAGCGGGAGCAUGGGGCGGACAGCCUCCCCGCCGGUAUGGCGCUCUCCCGGGGAAGCCAUGACGGCCUGAAGAGCGAGCCCUCCUGCCUUCACAGCCCCGGGGAUGGAGAGCCCUACCCGCACCCCCACAGGCCCUCCUACACCGUGCCCCCGGCUCCCGGCUCCCGCCUCAUGCUGACCGCCGUGUCCGGGCUGCUGCUCGUGUCUCUACUACACCUGAGCCAGGAUUCUGCACAGCCCGGGGGGGCCGCCGGCGGGGAGCUCAGCCUCACCGUGCUGCUCCUGCGGGGCUCUCUCUAUCUGCUCUGUGCCCUGGGCGCACUGAUACUGGGCUCACUGGGUGCCCUCUAUGCCACCGGCCGCCCAGCUGCCAUCCCGGACUUCACCCGUGCCAGGAGCGCCAUCAUGAGAGGGAUCUUACCGUCUACACAGUUACAUGAACAUAGCCAGCUAAGAAGAGUGGUUAUUUCACACAAUAUGGAUAAAGCUCUAAAAGAAGUGUUUGACUACAGCUACAGAGAUUACAUCAUCUCGUGGUAUGGGGAUCUCAGUAAAGACCAGGGACAACUUUACCAUCUGCUCUCUGAUGAUUUCUGGGAGCUAGCCAGGCAACUGCGUGGCCGCCUUGCCCAUGUUGAUGUUGUCCGAGUCGUCUGCAAUGAUGUUGUGAAAACUCUGCUUACUCAUUUCUGUGACCUCAAAGCUGCAAAUACUAGACAGGAUGAACAACCAAGGCCCUUUGCCCUACACUCUUGCUUAAAAACCACAGAGGAUGAGAUCCAGUUCUUGCAGACCUUUGCUCAGGUGUUAGUGCUUUGCCUCCUCCCCACGCGGGACAUUCAGUCUCCAAGCCUACGAAUAGUCCUCACUGAAAUACUUGCUACUAAAGUCCUGAAGCCUUUGGUGGAGCUGCUGAGUGAUCCAGAUUACAUUAAUCAGAUGCUGCUCAGCCAACUCGAAUACAGAGAACAGGUGAAUGAGCGUCACAAGAAGACCUACACUUAUGCCCCUUCAUAUGAGGAAUUUAUCAAACUCAUCAAUAACAGUUCUGACAUUGAGUUCCUGAAGCAGCUAAGGUAUCAGAUCGUAGUAGAAAUAAUUCAAGCAACUACUAUUGGAAGCUUCCCACAGAUGAAAAGGCAAAAAGAUUCCAAAGGCAAAGAGACAGCAGCAAUGAAGGCAGACCUUCUGAGGGCACGUAAUAUGAAAAGAUAUAUCAAUCAGCUGACUGUUGCCAAAAAACAAUGUGAAAAGAGGAUCAAGCUUAUGGGAGGGCCAGCGUAUGACCAGCAGGAUGAUGGGACAUCGGAUGAUGGGGAGUGCCUCCAAAGCCAAAAGAUCCUUCAGUUCGAUGAUAUUUUGGCCAAUACAGCCUUCAGAGACUACUUCAGGCUCUACAUGGAAAAGAUUGACAAGAGGGCUUUGAUCAGUUUUUGGGAGUCUGUGGAGUAUUUGAAGAAUGCAAAUAAGACUGAAAUACCUCAAUUAGUCGGUGAGAUUUACCAGAAAUUCUUUGUUGAAAGCAAAGAAAUCCCAGUGGAGAAAGCGCUCUAUAAAGAGAUCCAGCAGAGCCUUGUUGGCAACAAGGGAAUUGAAGUAUUCAAUAAAAUUCAGGCCGAUGCAUACGAGACACUAAAAGACAGGUUCUAUCCCUCAUUCAUUGUCAGCGAUUUGUACGACCAACUGAUUCGAAAAGAAGACAUUGCCUCUUUCCUCUGUCUGUCCGAUGACAAAGACGAAGCUAUGCAGGCAUGUGAAGGAGUUGAAGAAAUUCUGGAGGAGUGCAGCAGUGGAAUAACGGAGCAGGCCAGCUAUGCAGUAAAUAAACUGCGGCAACUCACAGAGAAGUUGGAUUAUAAAAGACAAGCGCUCAGCUCGAUUAUUAACGCGCCAAAACCUGACAAAAAGAUUGUUUCCAAAUUGAAGGAUGAAAUUGCCCUAAUGGAGAAAGAGCAAAGUGACCUUGACCUUCAUAUUUCUCGAACAGACUUGUGGUGUGAGAAUCUUGGUAUGUGGCGGGCUUCUAUAAACAUCAGUGAGGUUUCUGAGGAGAAUGGGGAACAAAUGCCAUUGUACUUUGUUUUGGUGAAUUUACCGGACUCUGGAAAUUGCGAAAUCAAAAACUGGACUGUCCUAAGAAAACUGAGUGAAUUUCAGAAUUUGCACAGAAAGCUCAGCGAGUGUUUUCCUUCUUUGAAGAAAGUACAGUUGCCUUCACUCAGCAAGCUUCCCUUCAAGUCCAUUGAUCAGAAGUUCUUGGAAAAAUCAAAGAACCAGUUAAAUCAUUUUCUGCAGAAGCUGCUCUCGGAUGAGAGACUGUAUCAGAGUGAAGUGCUUUACGCCUUUCUGAGCCCUUCUCCUGAGCACCUAAAGGUCAUAGACGUGCAAGGCAAAAAAUCAUCCUUCUCACUCUCCUCGUUCUUGGAAAAACUGCCUGGUGACUUCUUCUCCCACCAAGAGGAUGAAACUGAGGAAGACAGUGACUUGUCUGAUUACGGGGACGAUUUGGAUGGGAAGAAAGAUGCCUUGGCUGAGCCAUGUUUCAUGCUGAUAGUGGAGAUUUUUGAACUGCGGGGGAUGUUUAAGUGGGUGAGAAAGACACUGAUUGCGCUGGUGCAGAUAACCUUUGGAAGGACCAUCAACAAACAAAUCCGGGACACAGUCAAUUGGAUUUUCAGUGAACAGAUGCUGGUUUACUAUAUCAAUGUAUUCAGAGACGCUUUUUGGCCAAAUGGUAAAUUAGCACCUCCGAAAAAAUCCCGAACAGAGCUGCAAUGUCAGGAAACAAAGCAGAGAGCACAGCAAAAAUUACUUGAAAACAUUCCCGAUGCACUCCAGAACCUUGUUGGACAGCAGAAUGCCCGUCAUGGUAUAAUUAAAAUAUUUAAUGCACUCCAGGAAAACCGGGCUAAUAAGCAUUUACUUUAUGUGCUGAUGGAACUGCUGCUAAUCGAGCUGUGUCCAGAGCUACGGACCCAUAUAGAACAAGUCAAGCUUAGCCCAACCGCUGACACCUCCAAGUGACGCACUACUCCUAAUGUCUGUGUAACCAUGGACAUGCAAAUUAUUUUCCUCUUUUCCACAGAGGACCAACUGAGGACUAUUUAUUUCCCAGUGUUUUUCCUUUAUGUUGUGUCCCAUUUCCAGGUCACGGAGGAAGACAAUUGCCGUUGUAUGUGUAGAAAUAAAGAAUUAAUGCUG